AUGGAGAAACGCAAUCUCUCAGUGGUGCAUGAGUUCAUUCUGAUGGGCAUCACAUCCCGCCCUGAGCUGCAGGCUCCAUUAUUUGGGCUGUUCCUUAUCAUCUACCUGGUCUCAGUGCUGGGCAACUUGGGCAUGAUCAUCCUCACCAAGGUGGACCACAGCUUGCAAACACCCAUGUACUUUUUCCUGAGGCACCUGGCUAUUACAGAUCUUGGUUAUUCUACAGCUGUGGGCCCCAAAAUGCUAGUAAAUUUUCUUGUGGAUCAAAAUACAAUCUCCUAUUACUUUUGUGCCACACAGCUAGCUUUCUUUCUUCUGUUUAUUGUCAGUGAACUAUUUAUUCUGUCUGCAAUGUCUUAUGAUCGCUAUGUGGCCAUCUGUAACCCUCUCCUCUACACUGUCAUUAUGUCACAGAGGAUAUGUUAUAUACUGGUGGCAAUCCCAUAUCUCUACUGCACAUUUGUGUCUCUUCUAGUCACUAUAAAGAUUUUUAUUUUACCCUUCUGUGGCUACAAUGUCAUCAGUCAUUUCUUCUGCGACAGCCUCCCCUUGUUAUCUUUGCUCUGCUCAAACACCCAUGAAAUUGAAUUGAUAAUUUUAAUCUUAGCAGCUUUUGAUUUGAUUUCCUCUCUUCUGAUUGUCCUUGUGUCCUACCUGCUCAUCCUUCUAGCCAUUCUCAGGAUGAAGUCUGCUGAGGGCAGAUUAAUGAAGAACCAUUGA